UACACGACCAAAAAUUAUUAUUCCCAUGUUCACGGGGACAGAUCCAGACUCAUGGUUGAGUCGAGCUGUUCAAUUCUUUGAAAUCAAUGACGUGCCAAGGUACGAAAGAGUUCAAAUUGCUGCUUAUCAUCUGGAUGGAGUAGCAAACGCAUGGUGGCAAUGGGUUUUGCACAAGAACCAUGGUGAGCACAUGCGUUGGAGGGAUUUUAAAAGGGAGCUCAUCACGAGGUUUGGCUCGAGUGACUACCACGAUUACAAUGAAGCCUUGUCUAGAAUUAAGCAAGUUGGUAGCCUGAGAGAGUACCAAAAGGAGUUCGAGCGCAUUGCUAGUAGGGUGCGGGAUUGGCCCGAGAGUGCGCUAGUGGGGACGUUUGUUGGAGGACUUAAGGGUGAGUUAGCAGUAGAAGUAAGGAUGGAUAGGCCAGGAUCGAUGCGAGCAGCCAUAGAGUCGGCGAGACUACAUGAGGAUCAUCUGAUGGCAGUACGCAAGGCCAGGCCGAGCGACGUGCGUACGGAGACCAAGCGCACGCACGCCGCGACUGAGGAACCAACGGCGAGAACCGAGAACAAGCCGUUGGGCGAAGCUGUUCGAACAACGAGCAAUAUUCGGCGGCUGACCGAUGAUACCAUUUGUAACACCCCGCCUUAUCGUAAAAUCAGAGUGCGAAAAUUUCGCAAA